GUUAUAUAAAAUGCAAAACAAACCAUCUUUUGUUUUAAGAAAUCCAUCAGCCAAUAAAGGUACUGGUUUCAAUGAUGAAGAAAGAAAUAAAUUAGCUUUAAAAGGUUUAUUACCACCAAAAGUUGAAACUUUACAAGAACAAUCAGACCGUGCUUUAUCACAAUUUACAUCAUUCACAAAUAAUUUAGAAAAAUAUAUUUUCUUAAAUUGUUUACGUGAUCGUAAUGAAACUUUAUUCUAUUAUUUAUUAAUGAAUAAUUUAGAAUUAAUGUUCCCAAUUAUCUAUACACCAACUGUAGGUGAAGCAUGUCAAAAGUUUGGCAAUGAAUUCCGUUUCGCUCAAGGUAUGUACUUUGCCACUCAAGAUAAAGGUAGUAUUCGUUCAAUGAUGGAUAACUGGCCAGCUGAUGGUGUAGAUAUUAUUGUUGUCAGUGAUGGUAGUCGUAUUUUAGGUUUAGGUGAUCUUGGUACCAAUGGUAUGGGUAUCCCAGUCGGUAAAUUACAACUUUACGUUGCUGGUGCCGGUUUCCACCCAACCCGUACUCUUCCAGUCAUCAUUGAUGCUGGUACAAACACCAAGAAAUAUUUAGAAGACAAAUAUUAUUUAGGUGAACGUCACACUCGUGUUGCUGAUGAUCAAUACUAUCCAUUAGUCGACGAAUUUUUACAAGCCGCUUUUGAUAAAUGGCCAAAUGUUUUAGUUCAAUUCGAAGAUAUCUCAAAUGAUCAUUGUUUCAAAUUAUUAGAUGACUACAGAGAUAAAUUCUUAUGUUUCAAUGACGAUAUUCAAGGUACUGGUUCAGUCAUUCUUUCAGGUUUCAUCAAUUCCGUUCGUGCUGUUCAAAAACCAAUCACCGAACAACGUAUGGUCUUUUUAGGUGCCGGUUCAGCUGGUAUUGGUGUUGCUGAUUGUAUUAUGUCACUUUUCGAAGAGGCUGGUGUUAGCAAAGAACAAGCUAGAAAGAGUUUCUGGUUUGUCGAUUCUAAAGGUCUCAUUACCACCACUCGUGGUGACACUUUAACUCCACAAAAGAGAGCCUACGCUCGUGAAGAUUACGACUAUCAAUUAAAGAGUUUAUUAGAAGUUGUUCGUGAUGUCAAACCAACUGCCCUCAUUGGUCUUUCAGGUAUUGGUGCAUCAUUCACCCAAGAAAUCAUUGAAGAAAUGUCAAAACACGUCGAAAAACCAAUUAUUUUCGCUCUUUCAAAUCCAACUACCAAUGCUGAAUGUACUGCUGAACAAGCUUACCAAUGGACUGAUGGUCGUUGUAUUUUCGCUUCAGGUUCACCAUUCAAACCAGUCGAAUAUAAAAACCAUACUUUUGUUCCAGGUCAAGGUAACAAUAUGUACAUUUUCCCAGGUCUUGGUUUAGGUGCUCAUCUUUGCCGUUCAAAACACGUCACUGACGCUAUGAUCAUCACUGCCGCUAAAACUUUAUCCAAAUUUGUUGAUGACAGUGAAGUCGUCACUGGUAAAAUCUACCCAGGUCUCCAACACAUUCGUGAAAUCUCAACUAAAAUCGCCGUUAGAGUUAUCGAAAAAGCUUAUGAAGAAGGUAUGGCUCAAUUAACCCCACGUCCAACUGAUAUUGAAGCUUUUGUUAGAAUGAAUCAAUACAAUCCAUCAUAUGACCAAAAGUUCAAUAAUUGACUAGCCGACAACCUUAAAAAAAGAUUUCAUUCAAAAUUAUAAACCAUUUUAAUUGAAAUUACUUUUUUACAUC